UUUUAGUAUUCGUCAAAAACCAAAUUUCGGUCUUUUUUGCAUGAAAAUUGAGAUAAAUGUCUCUCCAUUUGGUUCCGUAGGCACAAACAAUGAGUGAAGCACUGCAAAUAGCUUGUCGUUUGUGCUUAGAAGAGAAUUGCAGAGACCAUUUUUACGAUUUACACCUUGACGAGGGAAAUAAUCGUUCGAGCAAAGCUCUUGCUGAAAUAUUUCGGAUCAAUGUUGAAGAUGAUGCGACUCUACCAAACCGGAUUUGCUUGGAUUGCAACGAUCGGUUGUUAAAUUUGUACGAUUUCUACUUGGAAGUGAUGAAAAAUCAGGCAAAAUUGAUGCUCGACCUGAAUUCGCAUCCGAAAAAGAAUGAAUCGCCGCAACCUUCGAACAUUGUGGAUUCGGAAAAUCCGCCAGAAUUACAAACAGCUAGUCAAGACUCACGGAUCUCAACGAGUACGAGGCGCAAACGGAGGAAACGUCAACGUCGGGGGUCAACGCAUCGCGAUCGGGAGCUCACGCCGCUCAGUACGGAAAGCGAAGACGAUGAAUUGCCGCUUUCGGUGCUCGUGCGUCGUCCAAGCGAACAAAGUAAUUCGCAGAAAUUUACGUGCCAAGAGUGUUCCGAAGAAUUUACGAAAAUUUACUUGUACGAGACGCACAAAGAGACGGUUCACAGCUCAUAUCCCGUGGAUGCGUCACCAAAUAUCGACACAAUCAAAAUAAUAACGCACUCGGGCAACGAAAACGUUCUCAAGUUCAAAUGCAAACUUUGCGCAUUCCAGUCAGAGUCGCAAUGGGAAACGCGACGACAUCAAAGCACGACGCACAACGCCACAAAUUCCCAACCAAACGGACAAAAAUUACUGAAAAUUCUCUCGUUGAAUGCCGUUGCCGAGCGAAUUCUCAUCAUAAAAAAGAAGAAAAAUCUCACGCCCGAUCAACGACUGAAAACUUUCUACGGCUUCAGUUGUAGUCGAUGCAAGCCACCGAUGGAGCUGCCAACGCUCGCCGCUUUCGAGAAACAUGCCGAAGAAACGCACAAUUUGACGGAUAUUGCGUGGUUGUGUUGCGACGUGAAAUGGCGCCAUCAUCAGUUGAAGCAACAUUUGAAUUAUCAUCUCGGGGUACCGCAAGUCGUUAUGAAACGAGACAAUUUUUUGUUUCAAGCCGGGUCAUUAAAAGCAAUAGAAAUCGUUAAUUUAGCAGAAAUUGACUUACCGUCGAUCGACAAGCCGAGAAGCUCUCGUACAAGACAAAGAUCUAAAUAAUUUUUUAUUUUUUUUUUAAUAGAAAAAUGUUUUAUAUUAAUUUUAUUUUUACUUCACAGUUAGUAAUUCCAGGCAGUUAUUGCCGACGAAAAAACGAAUAAAUUUCACUGUUUAACAAAUUU